AUGGAGAGAGUGCUUCUGUUGACCUCGGGCCGGAUUCAGGAAUUUCAAAAUGAGUUCACUCGACUUGACUCCGAGGACGUGUAUAACUGCGACGAAACCGGCCUCUUCCUCAAGGCCAUGGCGAACGAAGCCCUUGCUGUCGAGCCUGCUCAUGGCCAUUUCUCUCCGAGGCUUGGAGCAUGGUUACUGCUGACUACGAGGGUGGUUUUGAGGAAGACGAUUUGGACUUUGAUUAUAUCGAGCCAAAGCCUUUGGACGUUGAACAGCCUCUACGAGCGAGAGAUCCCUGUCGAGCUUCGUAGCCGCACAAUUGUGAAAGCGAUUCCUCAAGAAGCCUUUUCGUCGCCGAUAACAGAUCCGAAUCACGAAAGUGAAGAGGACACUAUGGAGUCAGAUCAAGGGAAUGUCAACAAUUAUUUUCAAGAAACCCUUGAAGAAUUUCUGGACGCUAUUGAAGAUCUAGACAAUAUAGUCCAUGGUCCUGAGCUUACAACCCUCUUCAACGAUACGGUGGUCAGCAUAGAGAUGUUUGUCAAAUAUAGGCGCCUGAUGUCAGAAUGA